AUGGCAGUGGCAGCGGCCGGUUUGGACUGGCUGAGUGUCUUGACAACAAACGCCACGGGCCGAAGAAGCUGUGUAUUCGUGAGGCGCCUCAAGAGCUGUCCUCGUCAAGACGCCUUGAAAGUCCUUCCGUGUGCGCCCUUGCAGGAGGAGGCUUUGAAAAUCCGACGGGACAGCUUCGAGACAGCAUGGGCAGUAUCCAACGUGACAGCUGGCGACAGCUGGCACAAGGCGGCUGUGAUUGGUGGAGACGCCAUGGGGGGAGGAGCGGGGAUGGGAGGAGCAGGCAAAGCGUCGAGAAUGUACGAGCUGCUCGUGCAUUUGCUCCGCACGGCACCCUUGGACAUCAAGAGAGAAGUCGCCUUUGCUCUCGCGAAUCUCUGUGUGGAUCCUGCGGAGCAAGAGCCAAUAGGAGAGCGCCGCAUGGCGGUCCAGCAGUCGCGCGUGGCAGCACUAGUGGACGCGGGGUGCCUGCUGCCCUUCCUCUCCCUCAUCCGCUCAGCAGAUGCUGACGCUGUGCGGCUCGGCCUGCAGUUUACCGAAGUGGUGAGAAGGGGUGUGGGAAGGUGUGCGGUGGUGAGGAACGUGCCUGCUGCGGCUGGUGUUGCCGUGGCUUGUGCUGCUGAAGCUGGUGCUGCUGUGGCUGAGGUAGCUGUAGAGGUAAGGUGCAUGGAGGAGGGUAAGGUAUGUGGAGGGAAUAUGGACAUUAAGGUCCUGCGUGUACUACCAGACAAAAGAGGCCCACGGCUGGUGGAGGAGGCGGACGGCAUCGAUGCGAUAGAAGCAGCUCAAUUUGUAGGCAAUGAGGAGCUACACUCCAUGUCAAGCUAUCUUGUCGACACAUACUUUGGGGAAGACUACGGACUGGAAGAGGGAGGGUAG